CGCGCUGUAGCCGGGCGCCCCCUAAGUUUGGGAGCCGCCGACGCCGCAGCGCGGAGACGAGUCUGCAGAAGAAGAAGAAAGUUUUGCGGGCUGCGCCGAGCGGGCCCUGAGCGCACCUCCCGCGGCUCUCUCCCCGCGUCCCCGCGCCCGGAGCCCCUCGGCGGGGCGGCUGGGGGAGCUGUAUGGCUCGGGAGCCGGAGGACGAGGAGACGGCGGGGGCGGCCGCCCUGGCCCAACGCUGUCCGGGCUCGCCUGGCUGGGCCGGGGCAGGGGCCGGGGCUCGGCGGCCGCCCCUCUGGCUGCUCUGCCUGGUUGCGUGCUGGCUCCUGGGCGCUGUGGCCGACGCAGACUUCUCCAUCCUGGACGAGGCGCAAGUGCUAGCGAGCCAGAUGCGGAGGCUGGCGGCGGAGGAGCUGGGGGUCGUCACCAUGCAGCGAAUAUUCAACUCCUUUGUUUACACUGAGAAAAUCUCAAAUGGAGAAAGUGAAGUACAGCAGCUAGCCAAAAAAAUCCGAGAGAAGUUCAACCGUUACUUGGAUGUGGUCAAUCGGAACAAACAAGUUGUAGAAGCAUCCUAUACGGCUCACCUAACCUCUCCCCUAACUGCAAUUCAAGACUGCUGCACUAUUCCACCUUCCAUGAUGGAAUUUGAUGGAAACUUUAAUACUAAUGUAUCUAGAACAAUUAGUUGUGAUCGACUUUCUACCACUGUUAAUAGCCGGGCCUUCAACCCAGGACGAGACUUAAAUUCAGUUCUUGCAGACAACCUGAAAUCCAACCCUGGAAUUAAAUGGCAGUAUUUCAGCUCAGAAGAAGGAAUUUUCACUGUUUUUCCAGCACACAAGUUCCGGUGUAAGGGCAGCUAUGAACAUCGUAGUAGACCCAUCUAUGUCUCCACUGUCCGACCGCAGUCAAAGCACAUUGUGGUGAUCCUGGACCACGGGGCUUCUGUUACUGACACUCAGCUUCAAAUCGCCAAGGACGCCGCUCAGGUCAUCCUCAGUGCCAUAGAUGAGCAUGAUAAGAUCUCUGUGUUGACUGUGGCAGAUACCGUCAGGACAUGCUCGCUAGACCAGUGCUAUAAGACCUUCCUAUCUCCAGCCACCAGUGAGACGAAGAGGAAGAUGUCCACCUUCGUGAGCAGCAUCAAGUCUUCAGACAGCCCCACCCAGCACGCAGUGGGCUUUCAGAAGGCAUUUCAGCUGAUUCGGAGCACCAACAAUAACACAAAGUUCCAAGCAAAUACUGACCUGGCCAUCGUUUACCUGUCAGCUGGCAUUACAUCAAAGGACUCCUCAGAAGAAGAUAAAAAGGCAACUCUCCGUGUCAUCAAUGAAGAAAAUAGCUUUCUCAACAACUCCGUAAUGAUUCUCACCUACGCCCUCAUGAACGAUGGAGUGACUGGUUUGAAGGAGCUGGCUUUCCUGAGGGAUCUGGCCGAGCAGAACUCUGGCAAGUACGGUGUGCCAGACCGCACAGCCUUGCCUGUGAUCAAGGGCAGCAUGAUGGUACUGAACCAGCUCAGUAACCUGGAGACCACAGUGGGCAGGUUCUACACCAACCUGCCCAACCGCAUGAUUGAUGAAGCUGUCUUCAGCCUCCCCUUCUCAGAUGAGAUGGGAGAUGGUCUGAUAAUGACUGUGAGUAAACCCUGUUAUUUUGGAAACCUACUUCUGGGAAUCGUGGGUGUGGAUGUGAAUCUGGCUUACAUUCUUGAAGAUGUGACAUAUUACCAAGACUCUCUGGCUUCCUAUACUUUCCUCAUAGAUGACAAAGGCUAUACACUUAUGCAUCCGUCUCUUACCAGGCCAUAUUUGCUAUCAGAGCCCCCCCUUCAUACUGAUAUUAUACAUUAUGAAAAUAUCCCAAAGUUUGAGUUGGUUCGGCAAAAUAUCCUAAGCCUCCCUCUGGGCAGCCAGAUUAUCGCAGUGCCUGUGAACUCGUCCCUGUCUUGGCACAUAAACAAGCUGAGAGAAACUGGGAAGGAGGCCUACAAUGUUAGCUAUGCCUGGAAAAUGGUACAAGACACCUCCUUUAUUCUGUGUAUUGUGGUGAUACAACCAGAAAUACCUGUCAAACAAUUGAAGAACCUCAACACUAUCCCGAGCAGCAAGCUGCUGUACCAUCGACUGGAUCUCCUGGGCCAGCCCAGUGCUUGCUUACACUUCAAACAGCUGGCGACUCUAGAGAGCCCGACUGUCAUGCUGGCUGCCGGCAGCUUCUCCUCCCCCUACGAACACCUCAGCCAGCCCGAGACCAAGCGCAUGGUGGAGCACUACACGGCCUAUCUCAGUGACAACACCCGCCUCAUCGCCAACCCGGGCCUCAAAUUCUCUGUCAGAAAUGAAGUAAUGGCUACCAGCCACGUCACAGAUGAAUGGAUGACACAAAUGGAAAUGAGUAGUCUGAACACUUACAUUGUCCGCCGUUACAUAGCAACGCCCAAUGGCGUCCUCAGAAUUUAUCCUGGUUCUCUCAUGGACAAAGCAUUUGAUCCCACUAGGAGACAAUGGUACCUCCAUGCAGUAGCCAAUCCAGGGUUGAUUUCUUUGACUGGUCCUUACUUAGAUGUUGGAGGAGCUGGCUAUGUCGUGACAAUCAGUCAUACAAUUCAUUCAUCCAGUACACAGCUGUCUUCUGGACACACGGUGGCUGUAAUGGGCAUUGACUUCACACUUAGAUAUUUCUACAAGGUUCUGAUGGACCUGUUACCAGUUUGUAACCAAGAUGGUGGCAACAAAAUAAGGUGCUUCAUAAUGGAGGACAGGGGGUAUCUGGUGGCACAUCCAACUCUCAUUGACCCCAAGGGACACGCACCUGUGGAACAACAGCACAUCACUCACAAGGAGCCUCUGGUAGCAAAUGAUAUCCUGAACCACCCCAACUUUGUUAAGAAAAACCUGUGCAACAGCUUCAGUGACAGAACAGUCCAGAGGUUUUAUAAAUUCAAUACCAGCCUUGUGGGGGAUUUGACAAACCUUGUACAUGGCAGCCACUGUUCUAAAUACAGACUGGCGAGGAUCCCGGGAACCAACGCAUUUGUUGGCAUUGUCAAUGAGACGUGCGACUCUCUUGCCUUCUGUGCUUGUAGCAUGGUGGACCGACUCUGUCUCAACUGUCACCGAAUGGAGCAAAAUGAAUGUGAAUGUCCUUGUGAGUGCCCCCUAGAGGUCAAUGAGUGCACUGGGAAUCUCACCAAUGCCGAGAACCGAAACCCAAGCUGCGAGGUCCACCAGGAGCCGGUGACAUACACAGCUAUUGACCCUGGUCUGCAAGAUGCCCUUCACCAGUGUGUCAACAGCAGGUGUAGUCAGCGGAUGGAGAGUGGGGACUGCUUUGGGGUGCUGGAUUGUGAGUGGUGCAUGGUGGGCAGCGAUGGAAAGACUCACCUCGACAAGUCCUACUGUGCACCCCAGAAGGAAUGCUUCGGUGGCAUUGUGGGAGCAAAAAGUCCUUACGUUGAUGACAUGGGAGCAAUAGGUGAUGAAGUGAUCACACUAAACAUGAUUAAGAGUGCCCCCGUGGGUCCUGUGGCCGGAGGGAUCAUGGGCUGCAUCAUGGUGCUAGUCUUGGCCGUGUAUGCCUACCGCCACCAGAUCCAUCGCCGCAGCCACCAGCAUAUGUCUCCUCUUGCUGCCCAAGAAAUGUCAGUGCGUAUGUCCAACCUGGAGAAUGACAGAGAUGAAAGAGACGACGACAGCCACGAAGACAGAGGCAUCAUCAGCAACACUCGCUUUAUAGCUGCUGUCAUCGAGCGCCACGCACACAGCCCAGAAAGGAGGCGCCGCUACUGGGGUCGAUCAGGAACGGAAAGUGAUCAUGGUUACAGCACCAUGAGCCCCCAGGAAGACAGUGAGAACCCUCCAUGCAACAACGACCCCUUGUCUGCCGGGGUCGACGUGGGAAACCACGACGAGGACUUAGACCUGGACACCCCGCCUCAGACUGCUGCCCUACUGAGUCACAAGUUCCACCACUACCGCCCGCACCACCCCACGCUCCAUCACAGCCACCACUUACAGGCAGCCGUGACCGUGCACACUGUCGACGCAGAAUGCUAACGACUCCCGCGCCUCCAUGAGAAGAAGGGAUCUAAGAAACACAGAGCAUUCUGGAAAGAAAGAGCCAACAUAAACUCACAGCGAGAGACUCCAUGUGUUUGCGCACUGUCCAGAGUGGUUGAACUCACUUCCUGCCUGUUGACAUGUUUAAAAGCAAGAGAGACCACAGCAAGGUCACAUUUGUGAAGAUGUGAAGCUGACCUGGGAUGGAGGGGAAAUAAGCCUGAGGAAUGGAGCGCAAGGCCAACCUCCAAACAGACAAAACCUGUGAGUCAAGCUGAGCCAGAGGAAUGUUCCAAGGAGCCAGAAACACUUGGCUGUCCUUAACUGGAAGAGAGAAAUCUGCCCGAGCGGAGACCGGGAACGCAGCACACCCGGGUACAGCCAGUGCGCGCUCUGUAUCUUGGCAGUACCUGGAUACCACGGGGCUGUACGGAACGUAUGUUAAGCUCUAAGUGAUGCAUCUCAAAAUUUCUAAGAAAAGGAUUAUUUUUCUACUAUUUAUUGAACUUUCAAACAUUCUCAAACUUUGGGGGAACAGAAAGGAAACACAAGAGACAUUCUCAGCAGUUAUCCCGAGCUGCUGUGUGUGUGUCAUGAAGUGGUUCCUUGAUCAAGAAGUCCUCUUAUUUAACUGAUAAUCAGCCCAUUGCCCUACUCCGAAGAAUGGGAAAAUGAAGAAUCUUCCUCUCUGACUUGUUUACAUCAUUUCAUUGGGAAAAAAAAAAUCUUUAUUUGUAAUGCAGUAUUCUUUGUGUGUGGUGGGGGAGGGGCUGAGAAGAUGUUUUAAGAAAAAGUUUGUUUCUUUAUAAUUCAUUUCCACUCCCCUGACAAUGCUAUUCUUAGGUUUCUACGAAACCUAACAUGUCAGCUCCAGCCUCUCCACUAAGGAAGGGGUGGGUUUAUUCUCCUUAUUUAGAGACUUUAUAAAAUCGUAAAUGUCCCAUUGUGUCUCUGAGAAUUAAAUACAUAAGCAAAGAAGUUUUUAAAAUUGUGAAAUUUUGUUCUUAAAGAUUUCAUUUGAAGUCUUAGUUAAAAGCUGCUGCCGGUUCUCUACGAAGUUACCCACCAAACUGCUUUAUGGUCUAUACAGGGAUUAAUCCAGUCUGGCUACUAGAACAUGGGGCAUUGUAAUAUUUCAGUAGUGUUCUAAUUACAGUGAUGUAUUUUAGAUUCACAUUUUGUGAUUCAAAUAUGUUAUAAAGACAUUCUUGCACCGUGUGUGUGGUAAAUCUCCGUUUAUAUGUAGUUGGGAAAAACCCGUGGAAUAAUGUUUUAAUGCUAGGGUAUCACAAUAUAAUGUAAAAAUGUGGUUCUUAAGCAGACCAGAAAGGCACGUAUAUAUGUGCUAUCAGGAAACCCCUUCAUACUCUGUAUAAAAUUGCAGUCUAGUGAAAUAAACUGUAUGCGAUGGACAGUUCGAGUGGCUGCCAUG